AUUUCGGUCGACCAGCGUAUAGACUGUGCGCCAGAAAAGGCAAUCAAUAAGACUGAAUGUACGGCCAGGAAGUGCUGUUUUGUUGAGAAUAGUCAGACCACCGGUGCUAAUGAUAAGAAAUACGUACCGACAUGUUUUAUGCCCACUGUAUACCCUGGGUAUAAAGUGAAAGGCAUAAUCCGCGAGUACGCCCACCUAAUCGUAAACCUUGAACGCCAGACCCCAUCAGGCUUUCCAAAUGAUAUCAAAUCCGUAUUCCUUGAGAUAACACUACUCGACAACCUGUCCCUCAGAUUGCGGUUCACAGACACUAAUAAUAAGCGAUACGAACCACCCAUACCUCAAAUAAAUCUACCGGACUUUCCCGCCGUUUAUGAUCCGGUUUAUAUUGUCGAUGUCACCCAAGAAGGUCUAUUAACAAUUCAACGGAAAUCCACCAAGAAAUUUAUUUUCCAAACCGAUUUGACCAAACUCAUAUAUUCGGACCAAUUUAUCCAGCUCAAAUCCACUCUACCAUCCCCGCAAAUAUACGGCCUUGGUGAAAACAAAGCAAACUUCACCAAGAGCACUCAAUGGGAACUGCUCACUUUAUUCAACAUCGACAGACCUGGUCACUCACCGGGACCUCGAUAUGGGUCACACCCUUUCCACCUGAACAUCGAGGACGUGAACACCGGUACCUCGAACGGGGUAUUCCUACUGAACUCCAACGCCAUGGACAUCCUACUACAACCCGAACCUGCUAUCACCUACCGUCCCAUUGGGGGUAUACUCGAUAUGUUUGUAUUCCUGGGGCCCAAACCGGAUGAUGUGGUCCGGCAGUACGUACACCUCAUAGGACUGCCUGAAUUGCCUCCGUUUUGGGCGUUAGGCUACCAUCAGUGCCGGUGUUGUACGGAACCCCAUACCCUGGCCAACCAGAAAGUGAUCACUGAAAGGACUAUCAGCGCCGGUAUCCCAUUUGACGUCCAGUGGAACGCCAAGGAGUAUAUGGAGCCCACGUUUGAUGACUUUACAGUCGACCAGAAAAGGUUUGGUGGGUUUGGCGAUUGGGUCCGACAUUUGCACGAUAUUGGCAUGCAUUACGUGCCCAUAAUUGACCCUGGUAUUGAUCCGGGUCAGAAAGCAGGUCAAUACGCGCCCUACGACGAUGGUGUAAGCAUGGACAUUUUUAUUAAAAAUAGCACCGGCGGCCUAUUUAUUGGCAAAACGUGGCAGACCACGGGCAAAACAGUGUGGCCCGACUUUUCGCACCCCGGGUCCAUCAAGUACUGGACCAAACAGUAUCAGGACUUUCAUAAACAGGUGCCGAUAGACGGCUCGUGGAACGACAUGAACGAGAUCUCCAACUUUCUCAGCGCUUCCAUAUACGGCUGUCCCGCCAAUAAUAGUCUGGAAACCCCUCCAUAUGUGCCAAAACAGCUGCAGAAACUACAAGAGAUGACACUCUGUAUGUCCGCCAAACACUACGCGGGCCUACAAUAUGAUGUCCACAACUUGUAUGGAUUUUAUAUGGCUAUCGCUACUGAUGAGGCAUUAAAGACUGUUAGAAAUAAGCGUCCGUUUGUGAUAUCCAGGGCCACGUCCCCGGGUCAGGGCAAGUACUCCGGGCAUUGGGACGGCGAUACUGAUACUACUUACGAGGAACUCCAGUGGACUAUUGGAUCUAUGUUGGAUAAGAAUAUGUUUGGCAUACCGCUAGUCGGCGGUGAUAUUUGCGGGUUUCAGGGUAACUCUGAAAAUAACACACAUAGCCAGGAACUAUGCGCAAGGUGGUUUGAAGUGGGUGCCUUUUAUCCAUUUUCAAGGAAUCACAAUAUGAAGAAAAUGGACCAGGAUCCAGUAGCUCUUGGUACCAUGGUCACACGAGCAGCUAAAAACGCACUAUCAACCCGAUACACACUAUUACCCUACUUGUACACACUGUUUUACCAUGCUAAAACAAAUGGUGACACAGUGUCGAGACCAUUAUUUUUUGAAUACCCGGCCGAUAAGCACACCUACGAGCGCACGGUAGCCGAGACCCAGUUUAUGUGGGGCUCGGCCUUUAUGGUGGCGCCGGUAACCCAACCAAACAUCACCAAAAUUAAGGCAUACCUACCGCAAGGGGUUUGGUAUCCGUUCAGUCAUAGCAAAGUGGGAAAACCGAUCGCCAGUACCGGUGAGUACGUGGAGUUCGCGGCGCCGGUAGACGAAGUGAAUACGUUUCUGAGGGGCGGGAAUGUAGUGCCGAGACUACCCGUCCGACAGACCACUACCGCUAUGAGGACAGAGAAGUUCACUCUAAUGGUUGUGCCCGAUGUCAAG